AUGGAUACCAUUGCGUCAUCGCCUGAGCGUUUUCCCGCGAUAGAAGAAGCUGUUACACCGCUAUUGAUCCGAAGCCAGGGUUUGUGCAAAGAGUUGCGCGACAUCAAAAAGCAACAACGUUCCUGGUCGACAGAGAGGGAGAAAAAGGAAGUGGAAAAGCGAACUGAGAUAUGGCAAGCGGAGCGGAACAUUCGUCGAGCUAUUCAGCCUUUUGCAAAGACUUCAUGCCUCAGCCUCUGCGAAAGUAUAUGCAAUAAUCUCCCGCGCGAGAUCAGAGACAUGAUCUACGAGUACCUCUACGACCACGACACCAUUUACGUGGGACCAGAGUACUUUACCAAGACAACGCAGCCAUGCCAGCUCAGCCUGAAAGCUCACUACUGGGAUAAUGAGUAUGUCGGCCGCGAUAUGCAGCGCGAAAUUGUGGAGAGCUGGUACCGCACGACACUCUUCUAUUUCUACGACAAAGCCGCCAAUGUCAAAGUCACUCAGCAAUUCUUGGUCACGGAUAAAUGGGGCCUUGGCAUCGAACCGCGACAUUUCUUCUGCCAUGCCCGUAUUGAGCUGUGCAUGGACAACGUACUACACCGUAGGCGUGGCUCUCCAUACUAUGACAAAGGUCCCUGCUGUGUUGUGACAGACGCCGGACACAAACUCAUCAAGUCGCUCAAGAACUUUGAGGGCUUACCGAACCAUGUUGAGUUCUUCAUUCGCAUUCAUACAUACAAUGCGCCAGAGACCGGGUGUAUGAGCAAAGAAGAGUUGCGAGAUGCUAUCAGAGUUGUGGUCAAAGAGUUGGAGACGCUGCACCAGGGUGGACAUCGCCUUAUCCUUCAGUGGCCCAACUUGGACAAUGUCGAGCUUUCGUGGAAGAAGGAUUCGUUCUCUGUGGAUGGGUGGACCAAGCGGUUGGAGGUAGCUGCUGAGUUAGUGCCAGAAGAGAUGAGCGAACAAGGUAUGAGUGACGAAGACGCAACUAUCUGA